AUGUGGAAGAAAAUCAAAGAGAUUUUAUGUAAGCAUACGGCUUAUAAAGAUGAAACUACAAUUGGCACAACACCGAGUACAAUAUCUGCUUCUGUGAUUGAUCUAAAACCAUUGUCAACGACGUCAUCAAGACGAACGGAAACACUCCAUCAUCCCCAUCAACAACAACAGCAUCAUCAUCGUCGUCCAUAUCGUAAAAUAAUAGGCAAAAGUACUUUGAACAAAACCGAUGAACAUUGCCGUUCAUUGUUUAAUCUUUUACCAACGUCAUUGCGUCCUCGGCAUCAUCAACAAAAUUCAAGUAGCAAAGGAGCUGAUGCUUCGACAGCAACUAAAUCACAACUAUCACCUUCCAUUGGCAAAUUUCGAACGGAUUACGAUUCAGGUUAUAUGUCUCAAAGUGUGUUGAAUCGUACCUCAUCCUAUGCAUCAUGUUACUCAGCGGUUGCAACAACAAUGCCCGUACCGUCAAUGGUUCGACAAGGAUCGAUCGAAAGUUUAUUAAAUGGUUACUCGAAAUCGAACCCAGCUAAUAUACGUGUUCUUGUACGAAAAAAUUUCGAGCCAUUUGCCCAAGCACACAUUGCUGUUACCAAAGGUACCAUUGUCACAGCACUGUUUGCACGUGGCCCAUGGCUUUACAUACGAAUCGAAUCGACUGGUCAAACUGGGUACAUUCCACGAAUCAUAUGUUCACUGUAUAAAAGCCGUCGGCCGACAAAUGAUAAAAGCUAUUAUCAUCAUCAUCAUUUAUCAUUAUCAUCAACGGAUUCUUCAUCGAACAAAGAUGAUGAACUUGAUUUAACUGUAUUAUCAUCGAAUAAUAAGUCAAUUAUUCGACCAUAUCAACAACAACAACAACAACAACAACCGAUGAAUCGUUAUUUAUCACACAGUUCUGCGUUUAUCUAUGAUCGAAACGACUCAGUAGAUCAUUCGAAAAAACGUUUAACCAACCUCAAUUUUGCUGAACGGGAAAGACGAAACACAUGUACCUUGUCCCAACCACCACCAUUAUCAGCAAAAGAUCGUCGAUUAACAUUGAAUUCAGUUAAUUGGCCAAUAAUAGCAACAAACGGUUCGGAGACUGCUGCGAUUCACCAACCCACUGAUAUCUUGUUAGCCAACAAUACUGAUAUUGCAGCGAUAGCACCACCACCACCACCACCGAGAGAUACUGAUUCAUCAAGUACCCAAGAUUCAGGAUAUUCAGAAUCAACACCUUAUUUUCUUGUACAUCAAAUCACACCAGAAACGGAACAACUACCAACCGUAGUCAGUGCAUCAAAAAACACAACUUCGUCACCACAGUAUGCAACUGUUCGACGCUCGUCUCUUCUCAAAACUCCAGAUACUACGAAUACAUAUCAUAAUUCACUUCGUCGUCAACAGCAGACAAUCGGUUCGCACCAUUCAGCAGUGCACCGGCAUACUCUCCUCAAUGGUCAGUCUAUGAGUGACAUGUUAACAAAUGAUACAAACAAACGUCAUUCGUUUGGUGCAUUCUACUUGAAUGGUAGUGAUGAUUAUGAUAAAUUAUUAACAAAAUCGACACAUUCUACCAAUUCACGUCCAAUUGACUUUGCUUUAAUACGUACUGUUCGCCGCGAUAAAGAUGAUCUAUAUCAACGAACUAAGCCAGCCAUACAUAAUCUACCCAAAAGCCAUCGACAAAUCCCUGCUAGUAUCAUCCUAAACCAUCAUCGUCAACAGCAGAAGCACCAAUUCGGCAGCUCACACAGCGCAUUUCGUCCCGUACAACCGACCAUAAAAUCAAAACGGGCAUCAAGUGAAGGUCACUCACCAUCAAAUGAACCUUCAAUGCCCUCAUCACUAACAGUGUCGUCGACGUCAACAUCAUUAUCAUCGUCAACAGCAUCACUAUCGAAUUUAAAGAAAUCUCAUUUGUUGAAGCAACGACGCUUGUCAUGUGACAUACCCAUUCCAGUGGUGCCGCAAAAGAAUACGAAUAGUUUGUCGCGCUCAAUCGGUGAUUCGGCAAUACCGAAGAAGUUGAAUAAUUUUUCACGCACAAUGAGCGAAAUUUUAUGCGAUCAAUUUAGCGAACUUAACGUAGAUGCAAUCGAAAAAGAUUCUCUCGUUCAACCAGUCGUUGAUAAGAACGGUGAGCAAACGAAAGCAAUCGUCAGCAGUCAACAAACUCUGUUUACAAUAACAAAAGAUUAUCGCAGUUCACGUGCAUCGUUUUCCGUUAAACGUGGAGAUUGUGUUCAAGUUUUGAAACAAGUUGGACGAGCGUGUUUCCUUGUUCGCAAACAAAACAACGGACAAGUGGGAUUUUUACCGAAAGCAUUGAUGUUACCAACAACAACGACAAAAAUCGAUACGUUUCUUGAAAUGCACGGUUGCCGAGAGACGGUUAUUUAA